CCCAACUGCCAAAGAUCAUCCUUUUGAAAAACAAGAAGAAUCACCGACGAUAGACACCAUGGCAAUGUAUAUCCGUGUCAAGCGUAAUAGGAUCACCUACUUUAUUCAAUGUGACCCAACCGAGACAAUUCUACAAAUAAAGGAGAAAUUGUAUAACCUCACUGAUCAACCUGUUAAUGAUCAGCAAUUAAUUCUAUUGCCUGCUGGAGACGUGUUGGAAGACUCGAAGUCCCUAGCUGAUCAGAAGCUAAAGAAGAACAAACAUUUCCAAUGGUGUUUUAGGGGCAAUGGUGGGCGUAAAUUCGCCACGUGGUACAAUAGAGAUGGUCCGGGCAAGCCGGAAUUUGCUUGUGAUAUAGCAGCUGCCACUCCACCUUUAUGAAUAAGUGCUGUAGCAACUUCAACGCGAGUUGGAUUUUGCAAUUCUGAACUCAUUGCAACAAUACUUUGAGUCUUCCCAAACUAGAGGAUGAGAAAUCAGGUGCAGGUGCAGCAGCUAGAGGAGGAUCAUCCAUUAUUGGGAAGAAACAAUCUGCAUCAAACUGAGGAGAUGGAAAUCCAACUGUGGCGCUGUAGCACCCAUUUCAUGAAGAGAACUUACAUGUAGAUAUCCAUCAGUAAUCUGGUACGAUAUACAUAUACUAACUGCUAGUCCAUCACAAUCGAAACGGGUUAAUUGGACCACUAAUAGACUUCUUAUCAAGGAACUACUCCAAGGCAAAUCUUGUGGGAAAACUAUAUGUGUGGCAUCACAAUAAGCGUGGUUGAGAAUUUCAGACAUGGGACAACUAACCCGGACAUCUAAAUACUCAGCACCUGUGUCAUUACAAUCAACAUAUUUGUUAUUCAUGAUUCAUCCCGCGAAAGAGUAAUAAGAAGCUGAUACUUUUGAAAGGGAGUUUUCAAGAAUGUGGUUUAUGUUGGUAUUUGUAGGUGAUUUGGAGUAGAAGGCAGCAAAAGAAGAAUAUGCAGGACUAGAUAUUUGAUCAGUGGUAGAAAGAUUGUGAUGUCUAAGUUAUGGAGGGUGGGAGAGGAGGGCUUGAUCAUCUUUUGCCAAAGAAUUCUUGAUUGCACCAUUUUUAGCUCUCUGUUUUGUGAGCAAUGUGGAGGAAAUGAAGAUAGUUAUAGAUACAUUUGAAGCUCAACAAACUAAUACUAUAUUACCUAUACAUUAUGACCUCAUAAAUCUCUAUGCAUUAUUACUUUGACUUUGAAGCUUUUGCGUUAAUCACAACAGAGAAAUGAAGAACCUAUGCAAUUCCCAACUUUGAUAAAUGUUUUCUCGUGUGA